UUGUGCUCGUCAGACUAGCCCAGUGGAAUUGUAAUUGCUACAGUAGUUAAGAACAGGCUAGGGUACACCGGGUAUAAUGGAGUUUCAAUUGACAUGGCAUUGUUAAUGGAGUUUGCAGCAUGCUCUGGACAAAUCAAUGAUGUUUAUGUCGACAGAUAAGGAUACAGUGCCCCUGGAUGUUGAUGAUAGUGGAGAGAGCGAUCCCUGUGGGAGUGAGGUCCUUCGUGUACUGGCAGAGACCGAGAGCAAAUGGAUCCUCUGUCUGAUCACGUACAACACUGUGAUUAUCUACUACCUCUGUGGCUGGGUAACUUCGACCAACAGUAUAGCAUUGAGCGCGUACGUAAACGCAGUAUUUUUCAACGUAUUUUCCCUGCUGGUGUGCCUGAUAUCUGUGUGGGUGUCCAGGAAGUCUCCAGCCCUGAAAAAAUCCGGGAGAAUCCGUGCUAAAUCUCCAGGAUCUUUAGGAUUUCCAGAUAGAUCGAGUCAUGUAGUUGUCGAUCAGACAAUGUCGUGUUUGGGACCGGAAAAGUACGAGGUUCUAGCCCUCCUGGUGUCCUCAUCCCUGGUCCUCUUCGGAGGAUCCCUCAUGUCCAUGGAGAUCAUCCUGAGAAUCGGAGAUCAGCCAACUGUACACACUGGCAGAUUGGGACUGGGGGCUCUUCUCGGUCUGGCCGCACACUUGGGAACGAUUUUCGUUUAUCCUGAUGCUGGAUUGAAUCACGUGGUCUGCAUGACACUGCCAUGUGCACCCUUCAGGGGAUCCAAUCCAAUUCUGGUUGCCAAUAUCUCCAGUGCUAUCGUCCUCUGUGUUGUCCACUCUGUCAUUCACGUUUGGGAAAUGUACGUCGUUGACACAGCAGCUGCUUUCGUGGUGAUUGGUCUGACCACAACGGCGAUGCUACCACUUGCCUUUUACACGUUGUGUGUAAUACUCCAGAAAGUACCGCAUCACAUGACCGAGCAGCUGUGUGAGUGCCUUCGUGAGGCACUUGAUAUUGAUGGGGUUCUGGAGUUCAGGAAUGAGUGUUUUUGGAUAAAAUCGUUUGGAAAGCUCGCAGGAACCCUUCAAGUUCGAGUUCGAAGGGACGCAAACGAGGAGCAUGUGGUGGAAACCGUGAUGAAAUGUCUGUCCCGGAUAGUGUCAUCCCUCCAGGUGCAGGAAUUUCGAGACAGCCGUAUCGUCUCAGCCCCAUCCGACUAUCAUCCAACCGAGUAUUACAUCGAGGAGAUUCUCCAGUUGCAUGACAAGAAUCAUGACACCUGCACACGUGAGUGGGAUUCAAGGUGGAAUGAAAUCAUCCGCAGUGACGUGAGUGUCAUAAAAAUCGAUGAUAUACUAGGUUCAACCAGUGACAUCCAGACGUUCGCUAGUACUCGUCGGGAUAACAACGUCAAGUGCUUGAAGAUCGUAAAAAAUCCGAUUGUCUAUCAAAAUCACGUUAAAGUCGUCGAUUACUUGAUCAGAAGUGACUCGUACAAGAGUGCCCUUAUUCCUGGGGGUCAGGACGACAAGUUUCAAGUUGUUUAAAAGAAAUCAAAAAUUUAUUGUUCCAAAAAAAAUGUUUUUUUUAUUCAACCACUUUCGCAACGAGCCAAUUGGAAUUUUUACCUCUAGGAUCUCCCUUACAUUCCCCAUAUGUUGUCUCUUCCUCGUUUCUUCUCAGAUCGUCGUGAAAGUGCAUUGGCAUCGACAACUUCGGUAUUUCCAUAUAGAAAAUUCCACUCAUGCAUACUGAAAUGCCUCUCGAUACAUUCAAUUCCCUGGAAAUAAGGAAUCCAGGUAUCAAUGUAGCGGAUCAGUGAAUUCCUGGGAAUAAUUAGUCGUCGAUUUGCCUCGGUUGUUGAAAAUCU